AUGAAUAACCUGCGCGCUGGAGCAGAAUUGAUCGGAGAGGCCUCACACUUGAUCAGAGGCGACUUCUCUUUCGACGACGUGGGCGAAGCACGCCACCUCCUCGCGGGCGCGACGUCGUUCUUCCGCUCCCUCAAACACCAGUACGAGGGCGAUUACGACGAGGGGUUGCGCCACGCGGACGACGAUUUCCGACGGGAGUGGGGCUGGGAGGAGGAUAAGUCCGUGUUUAUGCUCUCGGGGUGCAAGGACGAGCAGACGUCGGCGGAUGCUUUCAUCAACGGGCGGCAUGUUGGUAAGUCACAAGUGGGCACGUCACGGUGGCUGACCGAUGGUGAAGCGUGGCGGUUCUGA